AUCUGCAUCCAUUACAGCACUGCCAAUCUCUUUCCGGUUUGUCUCUCGUCCAGAACGGUCGUGUAGUCCGAUCCGUCUGUUUUGCUCAUCAUGACAUCCAAAGUAUCGCGUGAUACAUUCUACGAGUGCGUGAAUGCUCUCCUCACGCACUCAAAGGAGAAAAAGAGGAACUUCCUUGAGACGGUGGAACUCCAAAUCGGUUUGAAAAACUACGACCCUCAGAAGGACAAGCGUUUCAGCGGAACCGUCAAGUUGAAGAACAUUCCCAGGCCAAAAAUGCAAGUCUGCAUUCUUGGAGACCAGCAGCACUGUGAUGAGGCCAAAGCCCAGAAUGUUCCCUUCAUGGAUGCCGAAGCCCUGAAGAAACUCAAUAAGAACAAGAAGCUCGUAAAGAAGCUAGCAAAGAAAUACGACGCUUUCUUGGCUAGUGAGUCCCUCAUCAAGCAAAUCCCCCGUUUGCUUGGUCCAGGUCUCAAUAAAGCCGGAAAAUUCCCUGGUCUCCUGACUCACCAGGAAUCAAUGACCGCGAAAAUCGACGAGGUGAAAGCCACUAUCAAGCUGCAGAUGAAGAAAGUACUCUGUUUGUCAGUAGCUGUCGGUCACGUGGACAUGAACGAGGACGAGUUAGUGCAGAAUGUGCAUCUUGCCAUAAAUUUUUUGGUGUCACUCCUGAAGAAACACUGGCAGAACGUGCGUUCCCUGCACAUCAAGUCCUCCAUGGGACCCCCGCAACGAUUGUAUUGAAUGAGCUUCUGUUUAUUUCUCACAUAAAAAUCAACGAUGAAUAAAAAAAUAACAGAAACAAUUGUAA